AUGGAGCGCGCCAGUCAGUUGAAGCCAACUUCUUUUAUUUAUGGAGAGUUCUGGAAUAUGUCAACCAAUGAUACCAAUGUAAAUGUUACGACUGAAGGAGAGGAGGAGGAUAGUUUGGCUUUCCAAGCCGGUUUAGCAUUUACAUUAUCUCUGAUAACCUUUGCAACAACAUUAUCAAAUGCAUUCGUUAUUGCUACUAUUUAUCAAUCCAGAAAACUGCAUACGCCUGCAAACUUUCUGAUAGCAUCACUCGCCCUGACAGACCUUCUAGUGUCCGUAUUGGUGAUGCCAAUCAGCGCACUAUACACGGUGAGUCAAACAUGGACUUUAGGACAAGUUAUGUGCGACAUAUGGUUGUCUUCAGACAUUACGUGUUGCACCGCAUCCAUUCUUCACCUGUGCGUAAUUGCACUGGACCGUUACUGGGCAAUAACAGACGCGGUUGAGUACACCAAGAAGCGCACACCAGCGCGCGCAGCGGGGAUGAUCGCCACUGCCUGGGUGAUUGCCAUCUCCAUCUCACUGCCGCCCUUCUUCUGGCGUCAGGUGAAAACGGACGAGGUUACCACUUGCAACGUGAACACUGAUCACAUUUUCUACACUAUUUAUUCCACUUUUGGAGCCUUCUAUAUUCCCACUUUGUUACUCAUAGCCCUUUACGGUAGGAUCUACGUGGAAGCCCGAAAGAGAAUCUUGAAACAGUCGUCUAAUAAACCGGGGAAAAGACUCACUUCUGCCCAUUUGAUAACAAACUCACCGGGUACACAUUCUGUGGCAUCCACCACCUCUCUCAAUUACGGGACGAACGAAGCCUCUUCUUGCGACGCUAAUAGCUCAACUGCCAAUGUGAACCAUGUGAAAGUCAUUGUAUCCGACGCGCUCCUGGAGAAGAAGAGGAUCUCCGCUGCCAGGGAAAGAAAGGCGACAAAAACUUUAGGGAUCAUUCUCGGAGCUUACAUCAUAUGCUGGCUACCGUUUUUCAUUUACACUUUAGUGGUUUCAGUCUGUGCGUCAUGUUUCUAUCCAGAAUUAUUUGACAUAUUCACUUGGUUGGGUUAUCUUAACUCUUUAAUAAACCCCAUCAUUUACACCAUGUCCAAUGAGGAUUUCAAAAAGGCUUUCCACAAACUAAUACGCUUUAGAUGUUGCAGGUCCUGA